ACCCGAGUAUUUGUCUGUGGUAGUGGACUUGUGAACCAAAACCAUGGAAGAAUAACAUACAGCUUUUUUCAACACAUCCACACUUCUACCUCUUCAAAAACCAACAUCCCAUCCUCUCUUUCUCUUUCAAGCUUCAAUCUUUUACUUCAACUCUCACUCUCUGUCUUUCCUUUUUCUCUCUCUUUCUCUCACCUUACUUUCUCUAUAUUCCUUGUUUGUUUAGCUGGAAGGAAAUUGAAGUUUCUAAACCUUCUUGGGUUUUUCUUGGAGGUUUGAAAGGUUAAUCAAAGUUAGCAGAUGAUUAGAGACUUUGGAGUUAUGAAAUCCCAAAGAGUUGCAGAGAAGUGCUUAGAUUCACAAUUAUGGCAUGUUUGUGCUGGUGGUAUGGUCCAAAUGCCUCCUGUGAACUCCAAAGUGUUCUACUUUCCUCAGGGGCAUGCCGAACAUGCCCAAGGAAAUGUAGAUUUUUCUCAUUGCAAGAUUCCUGCAAUGAUCCCUUGCAAGGUAUCUGCCAUCAAGUACUUGGCAGAUCCUGAAACUGAUGAGGUUUUUGCAAAAAUUAGGCUCAACCCGUUGAGUGAGAGGGAUGUGUUUUGCUUGGAAGAUAGCAGUGAUGGUGGAUUGUUUGAUGGAACGGCUUCUCCGGAGAAGCCUGCUUCUUUCGCCAAGACAUUGACUCAAUCUGAUGCUAAUAAUGGUGGUGGGUUCUCUGUGCCUCGUUAUUGCGCUGAGACUAUAUUUCCAAGGUUGGAUUAUAGUGCUGAGCCUCCUGUGCAGACCAUUCUUGUCAAGGAUGUGCAUGGUGAGACUUGGAAGUUUAGGCAUAUCUAUAGAGGGACUCCUCGACGGCAUCUCUUGACUACUGGGUGGAGUAAUUUUGUGAACCAGAAGAAACUUGUAGCUGGGGAUUCUAUUGUGUUUUUGAGGGCGGAAAAUGGAGAUCUUUGUGUGGGGAUUCGACGUGCCAAGAGAGGGAUUGGUGGUGGAAAUGAGUAUCCAUCUGGGUGGAACUCUUUUGCAGACUAUUCUGGGUUUUUGAGGGAAGAUGAGAACAAAUUGAUGGGAAGAAAUGGUAAUGGUGAUAUGAAGGGGAAAUUGAAGGCUGAAUCUGUUAUUCAGGCUGCAACUCUUGCAGCCAAUUGGCAGCCCUUUGAGGUUGUCUACUAUCCAAGAGCAAGUACUCCAGAAUUUUUUGUUAGGGCCUCAGCUGUGAGGGCUGCAAUGCAGAUUCAGUGGUGUCCAGGAAUGAGAUUCAAAAUGGCUUUUGAGACAGAGGAUUCAUCUAGGAUUAGCUGGUUCAUGGGUACUAUAUCUUCUGUUCAGGUUGCUGAUCCCAUCCGUUGGCCUAGCUCUCCGUGGCGACUACUACAGGUAUCGUGGGACGAACCAGAUUUACUCCAAAAUGUAAAGCGUAUUAGCCCAUGGCUGGUUGAAUUGGUACCAAACAUGCCCGCCAUUCAUCUCUCGCCCUUCUCACCUCCAAGAAAAAAGUUGAGACUUCCACAACCCCCAGACUUUUCUCUAAUCAGCCAAUUUCCAGUGCCAUCAUUUACCGGCAACCCCCUCAGUUCGAACAGUCCCUUAUGCUGUGUCUCAGAUAACAUUCCUGCAGGCAUACAGGGAGCCAGGCAUACUCCGUUUGAAUUAUCUUCGGCAGAUCUCCACUUCAACAAACUGCACUCGGGUCUGUUUCCGGUUGGUUUCCAGAAGCUUAAUCAUUCUGCACCAACUUCUAGAAUCCCCAGUCGCAACUUCAUGGGCAUUACCGAAAGCAAUGAGAAUAUAUCUUGCUUGUUAACAAUGGGAAAUCCCACACUUAGCUCAAAGGAAAGCAGUGAAACUAAGGAACCACACAUCUUAUUGUUUGGUCAGCUUAUUUUCACAGAACAGCAGGGUUCUCAAAGAUUUUCCGGUGAUACUAAUGGAAAUAGUUCCUCGGAUGGAAAUCCAGAGAAGACAACAAAUUUUUCUGAUGGAUCAGUUUCUGUAUUUCAUCAGAGUUGUCAGCUGGAAAAUUCUUCAGAUGAAGGAUCUCCCAGGUAUGGAGAUCACUGGAAAACUAAUCUUUCCUCGGAAACCAGUCAUUGCAAGGUGUUCUUGGAAUCGGAAGACGUGGAUCGAACUCUUGACCUCUCGCUCGUCGGUUCAUGUGAAGAACUGCAUGGAAAGUUGGCAAACAUGUUUAGCAUUGAGAAUUCAGAUAUGCCAAGCUGUGUGCUUUACCGAGAUGCAGCCGGUGCCAUAAAACACACAGGAGAUGAGCCCUUUGGUGAGCUUUUGAAGACAGCAAAGGUAUUAACCCUCCUUUCAGAUUCAGGCAGCGACAACAUAGGGAGAUAGAAAAUCAGAUUUUCUGUUAAAAAUGUACAGUUUGUGAAUCCUUUCUUUUAAUUGCAACUUUCAACUUAUUUUGUUAAUUGGUUAGAUUUGGUUAUGCCUACUACAUCCAUCCCGUGUAGAAUUUCAAGUCAUUUGUUUUUCUUGCUUC